AUGUUCGUCUACGAUGGACGUCUCGACUGGAAGCCCUACGGCGAUAACGAGACCUUCGUUAUAAUCCUGCCCGACGGCCCAGUUCGCGUUGGCGACACUGCCUAUCUCUUCUCCCAGUGGACCAAAGACGCUCAGGGCACCAAGAAAGCCAACUUCUUCCAAAAGUCUGCCACCGACUGGGAGAUCACUUCCCGCGACAUCUACGGCAAGCUCGACGUUGCCAUGUCGAACCCGGCUGGCGCUAAGAGUAACAUGUCGUUCAAGCGGAUCUGGCAGUCUAAGGGCGAGCAAGCCACUGGCGCUGCUAGGAUUUGGACUGGCAAGAUUUCUUGGUCCAAGUAUGCUAGUGAUGAGAUGAGUAUUUUCAUCGUCCCUGAGGGGUUUGGUGAUGGAAAGCCUGUUCUUUCGCUUUGGCAGUGGUCUCAUGAUGACACUGGUACUGAAAAGUCCCCGUCCUUCCGCGCCGAGUCCCAGAAGAUGCUGUCCGGUGCUGGAAAAGGCGUCAAGUUCUCUUAUCACUCGUACUACGAUAUUACGUGUACUUGGGACGAGACGACGGAGAGGCUUGCUGUCCACAUGAAGGGCCCUGAGGCCAACCAGGAUCUUGGCGAGUACACUCUCUCCGCUUUGAUUGACCGCCACUCCCAUAGCUGGAACCCUCCAGAGUAUUCUACACCCGAGAAGACCGAGGUUGAAGUCCGCCUUCCCCAGCCUCAGCCGUCUCUACCUCGUAUUCUUGGACCCCUCCCUUUCCCCAAGAACCUCAUCGAGACUCUGCGACAUACCAUCGCCUUUGCCGAUCAGCCUGGAUAUCUUGGCAAGUAUGCUGAGGACCUCAAUGCUGCUACUACCGAGAACAACGAGCUCAGGAAGGAGAUCAAGAAGCUCAACGAUGAUCUCAACGUCGAAAAGGCCAAGACGGGUGAUAUGACCAAGAGACUCGCUGACGCUCAAGCCACUCAUGCUGCCGAACGCAAGAAGAGAGACGAAGACCUCGUCAAGGGCAAGAAGCACGAUGAUGAAGACCACAAGACUAUCGACCGAUUAGUUUCUCAACUUGACUACGAGCGAGCUUCCAAGGCUGAGGCCCAGAAGAAGCUUGACCAGACGACAACUAAUCUCAGGGCCGCCGAGGCUCGACUCCAGGCUGAGGUCGCCAAGAUCGUUGAUCUGACCGCUCGCAUCGCAACCCUCGAAGCUCAAUUUGAAAUUGAGAAGAGAGAGGGCGAUAGACUCCGAGGUGAGAAUAAGCAGAAGGACGAGACUAUCGAGAAGUUAGAGAAGGCCAAGAACGACCUCCAGUGUCAGCUCGAUCAGGCCCAAGCAGACGUCAAGGAUCACGAAGCCCUUGCUGCGAAAAAGAGCAAGACAAUCACCGAGCAGGCUGAAGAGAUCAUCAAACUCAACAACACCAUCAAGGAAAAGACACUGGCCUUUGACAAUCUGGAGAUGGAAUUGAAAGACAAGGCUAAGGAGCUGCGGACUCACAUGCACGAGGGCCAUGUUACACCUGCUCCUGUUCCUACCGUUGUACCCGAGCCUAAGCUCCGCUUCAAAUGCAAUAUCCGAAGUGAGAGCUCAAGCGGCAACAAUCAUGUUUUCUUGGACCUCAAUGGUCAAGGUGGCCAGAACCCCCCUGUUCAUGCAAUCUCCGAUGGGUCGUACAGGCUCAACGCCAACCAGAUCUGGGAGAUCUUCUCGGUUCCUGGCUCCAAUACUCGCGUCGUCAUCAAGAACGCUGGCAACAGCUUUGUCCUCUUUUCAGCUGGCAAGUACACAAUUCCACAGAACAGACCGAAUUACUUACAAAAGGAUACAGGACACGGGCAGACUGUCAAGUGCGAGAGAAGCCGCGAUGUUUCUGACCUUGCAGCUCAGUGGGAUCUCCAGGGCGCGACGGUCGACAACGUCACUGACAGCACUCAAGUCCGAUUCCGCAAUGCUAAGGAUGAGACGUACCUUGAUCUUUCUGGCGGAAACACUGGUAAUGGCACGGCUUUCCUGACCUAUAACGGACAUAGUGGUGCGAACCAGGCUUUCAAGCUUUGGAAGCACUAA